AUGCAGGCUGCAGAUCCACCCAAGCACGAGUUCAACUUCCAACGUACUACAUGCUCAUACCCAUCUUGGAUUCAGACAAUCAGCGGGUUGGCAAAGGGUUUCUUGUCCCCUUCCCACAAUGAACAAUGGUACUGCCCCGAUGUGCUCGAUUUUGACCUGCUUGCCAAGUUCAGAAACAAAGAAAAUCCUCCCGAACCUCAUAUUUCGAUUCAUUCAAAGACCCCACAUCCCGAGUCGACCUUAGUCCGUUUCCUCUAUCGGCUCGCACACCCUUCCCAACCAUCAAUCACAGAAUGGUCAAAGAUUGUUGCUGCAUCUGUUGAAUUGAUGGCCGACAAUCUUUACGCUCCACCAGCCCCCAUCACUGACAACGACGACCAACUUGUACAAGGUGUACAGGUACUCAAACAAAUCGAAGCCAUCAAGAACUCUUCAUCCAGUUUUGACACUCCUGACACAGACCCUUCCCCCGACAAUCCUCAGCCUGCCCCCCGAGCUUCUUCUGGCGAUGUUCUUCACGAAUUCCGUAGUGUCAUUCUUGAUGUUUACGCAGCAUACAUCAUCUUUCAAACUCACGCACUCAGCCAGGCACCAUUGUCCCAAACCAAGAAGAAGGCCGAAUCCCGCAACCGCCGCAAUUCUGCUCGACCUGCUGCCGGGGCCAUCACUAACUCCCCAGGAGAUUCUUCUGAGUUGGCUAAUGUUCGAGAAGAAUCCACUCGACAAAUGGCUAGCUACCAACGCCGACAAAACUUCCAACCCUUGAUCUUCUUUCUCCUGGGGGGAGUUCGUGGGCUCUUCCUUGUAUCGAGAAACUACCGUAGUGCAUCAACAUCUGAUUGCAUGUCAUUCAUCCAAGCCAUGACCAUCAUCAAGCAACACUCAACCUCGGCACACACACCCGCAGAACCUAUUUGGAAAAACCUGGCAGCUUACCUCGUUACAAUAUUUGCCCCUGCCUUCAGCAACCCGACCAAAAUCUCUCACCUAUUGAAGAACCCCACUCGACAUGAGAUUGCAGAGGCAAUCACAGUUGACUUUUUAAAUCACUGGAGAGACUGCCAGCCCACUUCGCCAUUUCUUAUUCCACACUCUGCUCGUCAAAUCCCAGAAAGUUGA